AACACAAGAAACAGUAUGGUCUCACUGUGCUGUUUUGUUAGUUCGCGGGAGGAAGUGAUGCCGCCAUCGCUGCCCAUUGAAACUGAAUUGGACGAGAUGCCAAGUACAAGUAAUAAUACGAGCAGCAAUCGUCGCAGAGGUGAAAAGAAGGCAUCGAAUAACGACGUCAAGAUAAAAAAAAAGAAAGCAGCAGUGUCGCGUGCAAAAAAAAGUCGCAGGGAAGAGGCCAAAAAAGAAUUGGAAAAUCUUGCUAUUAAUCUGCCAAACCGGACGCUGCCUCCAUCCGAACACGAUGACGAUCAAAACACAACUGGAGUUCGAAAGUCCAAACGGGGACACAUUCCAUUGUGCAACACCUGGGUGCACACAGUGGAUGAUCCUUUUUUCUUCCUAUAUAAAAAACCCUAUCAACGUAAAGUUUAUCCCCUACCACCGAAGCCAAAAAAGAAGUUACAAAUUAAUAACACGGAUUUAUUUGUGGACAAACCGCCGUUGGCCAGUAGCACACCAAGCAACGAAGCCACCAACGUCACAAGCAGCGACACUAAAGCAGACAAACAGAAUCGUAAGAGAAAGCAAUUAACCGGAAUAACAUUGAGUAGCAUAGCUGAGCAACCAGAAGAACGUUCUAUGGAAUUUAUGAGGCAGGAGCAACUGCAAGAGCAGCCAAUUGAGACGAAAACCUCUAAGCGGGGACGGCCAAAAAAAAAUGAUCCAAUAUCUUCCAAGGAUAUUGUCACACCGAAAACAUUGGUCUCUUCAGCAACACAAACAGAUUUUGAACCUGCGCUGGAAUGUCAUCCCACGGUCCAGUCAACAAACUCGUCGCAAAAUGACGGAUUUCCUCUGAAUUGGCUACGAAAUUUAAAUGAUCAACCCAUUCCCAAAGAUAACAGUACACAUCAAGAAUUUAAAUCAAUGAAGAUUUCUUGUGCAUCCAAUUUGCAGUACUCGAAAAUAAGCGGACUCGACUAUGCGUUUUAUGGAGGAAGCGAUAACACUAUUGGGUUUAUCCGUUUUCAACCCUUCCAAGUCCGAGGCAUUAAUAAAGCUAAAAGCAAAUUGCAAUUCGUUGUUUUUUUAUGGUGAAUUCGAAAUUGAAACUAACGAUUUGGAAACCAAAACAGACCCGAAGAAAAGUGAACUACUUCC